AUGCCGCCGACCUAUGGAACACUAAACAGUGUAUUUCUUACGGUAAACAAAUCCGAACAUAAGAAAACCGACCAAAUCAUCGCCAUGAAAUCCGUCAAAGAUCUUGUUAAAGCACAUGGUUCGAUCAUACUUCUUCGUCGUUCAUUAUCUCUUACACCUAGAGCUCUUGCCGAAAAAACCAUUACUAUUCGUGAGGCUAUAACCCAAGCCAUGGAUGAAGAAAUCACUCGCGAUGAUCGAGUUUUCUUGAUGGGUGAAGAAGUCGCUCAAUAUGAUGGAGCGUACAAAAUGUCCAAAGGUCUUUGGAAAAAGCAUGGUGACAAACGUAUUGUUGAUACACCAAUUACCGAAAUGGGUUUCGCUGGAAUAGCAACCGGUGCUGCUAUGGCUGGCCUUCGACCAAUUUGUGAGUUUAUGACAUUUAAUUUUUCUAUGCAAGCAAUUGAUCAUGUUAUCAAUUCGGCUGCUAAAACAUAUUAUAUGUCUUCGGGAAAAGUUAAAGUACCGAUUGUUUUUCGUGGACCAAAUGGAGCAGCUGCUGGUGUGGCUGCUCAACAUUCGCAAGAUUAUUCGACAUGGUACAGUCAAUGUCCCGGUUUAAAAGUCAUUGCACCUUAUUCAGCUGAGGAUUGUCGUGGUUUACUCAAAGCUGCUGUUCGUGAUGAUGAUCCGGUUGUCUUUUUGGAAAAUGAAUUAAUCUAUGGUCAACAAUUUCCAAUAUCAGACGAGGCUUUGUCCGCAGAUUUCGUUUUACCUAUUGGUAAAGGUAAAAUCGAACGCGAAGGCAAACAUGUUACACUUGCUUCAUAUUCAAUUGGCAUCAAAAUCUGCUUGGAAGCAGCCAAAGAAUUAGAACAAAAUGGAAUUGAUUGCGAAGUAAUCAAUCUACGAACAUUGAGACCUUUGGAUGAAGAUAUCAUCAAAACAUCCGUUAAGAAAACCCAUCAUCUCGUCACAGUAGAGUUCGGUUGGCCACAAUGCAGUAUCGGCGCAGAAAUUAUCGCAAGAAUAUGUGAAAGUGACGCUUUCGACUAUCUUGAUGCUCCACCAAUCCGUGUGACAGGCGCUGAUGUUCCAUUAGCCUAUGCCAAAACCUUAGAACAAAAUUCAAUGCCACAAGUGCCCAAUGUCCUUAAAUCAGUCAAAAAAGUUUUAAACAAAUAG